GAUUUUCGCUCUGCUGACGGACUCUACGAUUUGGUCAAACAACGCUACCCGGACAUAUUCGUAAAGGGACAUGAGCUCUUCGACGCCUCGGUCUUUCGAGAUCCCUUGUUAACCGCAGCAUUUUACACUUUCAUCGCACAAUUGAAGCAACGCAUCGACCGGAGUGCGCCCUCCCCCACUCACAAGUUUCUCAAAACAUUAGACACAAAGAAGAAGCUCCUACGCUCCUACACUCAGAAUAUCGACGGUUUCGAGGAGCGAGUGGGCUUGCUGGGAAGCUCUAGUGACGACGCGCGUGUAGCAUAUUCGAAUGGCCGGUCGAACUUUAGAGGGAAAGACGUGCGAAGCAUUCUGCUGCAUGGCGAUAUUCACCGCGUACGCUGCACACUCUGUUCCACCGACCUUCCCUGCACGUUAGAUCAUAUCGGCAUGUUCGACAAGGGCGUAGCACCCGACUGCGUUGAAUGCAAGGCUCGCGCUGAUGCGCGAGUCGCUGCCAACAAGCGUUCGAUCAAGGUCGGGGUCCUUCGCCCUGCCAUUGUCCUUUACAACGAGCCUCACCCUCUCGGAGACGAAAUUGGGGCCAUCCAAGCCAUUGACAUCGGGAAGAAACCUGACCUUCUUCUCAUCAUGGGUACGUCGCUCAAGGUCCCUGGAUUCAAGAAAAUUGUCAAGUCGUUUGCAGACCCGAUCAGCGGCGGUGCGGUCAUCUUUGUAAACCAGACAGCGCCCACGAGUGAGUGGAAAGACAUCAUCGACUAUCACGUACAAUGCUCGACCGACGAAUGGGUGGAGGAGGUUACGGAGCAAUGGAAGUCGGAAAGGCCGGCGGAUUGGGACAUGCAAGGCGUAUCCAAUGGCGUUGGUGGACGAGGGGGGCAGGUGACGAAGACGCACGAAAUAGGCAAGAGUGCGUAUAAUUUUGAAGUCACUGCGACAGCUUUCUCACAUUCGGCUGUGGCUUUUUCUAGACGAGCAAGCAAUACAAGAAGCCGAAGGAGAAAAUAUUCCUCCAUCGCGUAG